AUGACAUCGAAACCAAGAGUUGAAGCUGUUCAGAGUUGUGUGGUGCUCACUAUAGCAGAAAUCAUUGCUCUCUCCUGUGCUGCCCAAUAUCAUGCAGAGAGUAGUCGAGCUGCUGCUUCAAGACUAAGAGUUGAAGCUGCCCAGGAUUGUGUUGUGCUCACACAAGCAUUGUCAAUUGACCUCUCCUUCACAAAACAAUAUAUUAAACUUCGGUUGAAUCAAAGGGAAAAGAGAAGUUCGUGGAAUAACUUUUUCAAAGUUGUGCAGAGCACAAGGCCAAAUAGGCCUUAUAUUAAAUUUCUCAUUAAGGCUUCUAUAGCUAGCUUUGCUUAG